AUGGGGGGAGCGGGAGAUCUGGCGGCAUUGACUGGGGAUGCCCCUAAUGCUCCAGAAAUUGCAGAUGGAGAGCCGUUGCUGCAUGGGAAUUCUCUGAAAGAGACACGGGUCGUGGGUGGAUCAAGCAAUCUGGCAGUGCUGAUUGGGAAUACCUCUGAUGGUUCGGUGAUGGCAGAUGGAGAGCGUUUGCUGCUCGAGGAUGCUCUGGAAGAGGGACCGGUAGCAGGAGGAGCAGGCAAUAUGGCAGUGGUGAUUGGGGAUGCUCUGGAAAUCACAGAGGCGGAGCGUUUGGUGCUCGGGAAUGCCCUGGAAGAGACACGGGCCGUGGGAGGAGCAAGAAAUCUGGCAGCGCUGAUUGGAGGAGAAGAAGCACUGGUCGCAGGAGGAGAAGAUGAUCGGGCAGAGCUGAUCGGAAGCGAGCAUGAGCUACGAUCAGAUGGCUUUGGUUGUGCUGGGGACAGGAAGCCGGCAGGGCAGUCUGGAAAGAAAGGGGAGGAAGUGGAGCGUGGGGAGAAGUCGAGGAAGGAAGGAGAGGAAGGGAUGCAAGGGGAUGCAGAGGAGUGGGAUGUGGGUGUGACUGUGGAGGGUGUGACUGUGGAGGGUGUGACUGUGGAGGGUGUGGCUCCAGACGGUGUGAGUGUGGAGGAUGUAGCUUCAAAGGGGGUCACUGUAGAAGGUGUGCCAGCAGCAGGUGCUGCAGUGGAUGAUGCAGCUUAG